CAGGGAGGCCGUGAAACAUUGGGUAUCUCCUAAAACUGAACCGCAGUGCCCACUGCAGGGUAGAUGUGGCCGACACCAUGAGUGUGAAAGCCUUUGAGCUGGUGCCCGCCGUGGAGCGGGACCAGUUGAUGGGCGACAAAGCUCGUAUCAACAUCGAGUGUGUGGAGUGUUGUGGGAAGCACCUCUACGUGGGUACAAACGACUGUUUCAUCUACCACUUCCUCUUGGAGGAGCAGACCAGCGCCAAGGGUCGACCGGCCUACGUCACCCAAAAGCUCCUUCACAAGUACCUGGGUCUGAAGAAGCCAGUCGUGGAGCUGAGGGCGGCGUCCGCUCUGGAGCGCCUCAUCAUCCUCUGCGACGGCACCAUCACUGUGGUCGACAUGGUCACCCUGGAGACCGUCCCGGUGGGCGGGGCCAAGAUCAAAGGCGUGGCAGCCUUCUGCGUCAAUGAGAACCCGGUGACGGGCGACCCGUUCUGCGUGGAGAUGGCGGUGGUGUCGUCGCGGCGACGCGCCGUCCAGAUCUUCUCCGUGCACGAGGACCGCGUGCAGAUGCUGAAGGAGGUGGCCACGCCGGAGCAGCCCGUCGCCGUCAGUCUGGACGGAUACUUCCUCUGCCUGGCGCUUCCGGCACAGUACAUGAUCCUAAACUACAAGACGGGCGCCUCCCAGGAUCUUUUCCCUUACGACUGCGAGGAGAGAAAACCCAUCGUCAAGAGGAUCGGACGUGAGGAGUUUCUCCUGGCUGCACCAGGAGGUCUCGGAAUGUUCGCCAACGCGGAGGGCAUUUCCCAGCGUGCUCCGGUGAAGUGGUCGGAGAGCGUGAUCGCGGCGGCCGUCUGCUACCCGUACGUGGUGGCCCUGGACGAGGGCUUUGUGACGGUGCACAGCAUGCUGGACCAGCAGCUCAAACAGACCCUGGCCUUCAGAGACGGGCACCUCCUGCAGGACUUCGAAGGGAAGGUGGUGUUGGCCUCCACCAAGGCGGUGUACGUGCUGGUGCCCAUGCCACUGGAGCGACAGAUCCAGGACCUGCUGGCGGGACACCGAGUGGAGGAGGCUUUGAUCCUGACCGAGGGGGCGCAGAGAAACAUUCCCAAAGACAAGUUCCAGAUAUUGCACAGACGAAUUCUCCAGCAGGCGGGAUUCGUCCAGUUCGGACAGCUUCAGUUUUUAGAGGCAAAGGAACAUUUCAGGAAGGGUCAGCUGGACGUGCGGGAGUUGAUCUCGCUCUACCCGCUGCUGCUGCCGGCCUCGUCCUCCUUCACGCGAUGCCACCCGCCGCUCCACGAGUUCGCCGACCUUAACCACCUGGCGCAGGGCGACCCGGAGAAGGUCCAGCGCUGCAAACGGUUUCUCAUCAGCUACCUGCGCGAGGAGCGGACCAGCGACGGGGUGAACGGCUUUCGCGAGGACGUGGACACGGCUCUGCUGAAGCUCUACGCCGAGCUGGGGCACGAGAGCCUGCUCGACCUGUUGGCGUCGGAGAACGCCUGCCUGCUUUCCGACUGCGCCCCCUGGCUAGAGAAACACCAAAAGUACUUCGCUCUGGGACUGCUUUACCACUACAACAGCCAGGAUGCUGCUGCACUACAGCUCUGGGUGCGGGUGGUCAACGGAGACCUCCAGGACUCGACGCGUUCCGAUCUGUUUGAGUACGUGGUGGACUUCCUAAGUUUCUGCCCCAAACCGGACCUGGUCUGGAAAUACGCUGACUGGGCGCUACAGAAGGAUCAGAAGAUUGGGGUGCAGAUUUUCACUAAGAGACCGAUCUCUGAUGACGAGACCGCGGGGAAACUGAACCCAGACGACGUGAUCACGUACCUGCAGAAACACAGCCAAGCUCUGCUUCUUUAUCUGGAACAUCUAGUGUUGGACCAGAGAGUACAGAAGGAGAAGUUCCACACACACUUGGCGGUGUUGUACACAGAUCGAGUUCUAUCUCUGAUCUCUCGCUCCACGGCCACUGAGGAGCAGCUCUCCUCAGCCCGGGAGAAACUCCAACGACUGCUCAGAGAAUCACACCUGUACAGAGUCCAGCUCAUACUAGGUAAAAUUCAGGACUCGGACGUGCUGCUUUUGGAGAGAGCCACACUACACGGGAAACUAGAGGAGCAUGAGACGGCGUUGCACAUCCUGGUGCACCAGUUAAAAGAUUCCCCCGCGGCCGAGGACUACUGCUCGUGGGCCUCUGCGUCACAUGACCACACGUACAGACAGCGACUCUUCCACUUGCUGCUGGGCGUGUACCUGGACCCGGACGUCCCGGGGGGCCCGCAGACGGUGGCCGCCGUGGACCUCCUCAAUCGCCACGCCGACACCUUCGACGCCGUGCGCGUGCUGGAGCUCCUCCCCGACACGUGGUCCCUACCUUUGCUCCGCCCCUUCCUGUGCGGCGCGCUGAGGGCCAGCGUGCACGCCAGCCGUACCUCCCAGGUCGCACUGGGGCUGGCCCGCGCCGAGAACCUGCAGCUGCAGCACGACAGGCUGAAGUACCGGGGCGGUCCGAUCUUCGUGUCGGAGAAGAAAGGAUGCCGCCUGUGUCACAGCACGUUCAGCGACCCGGAUUGCGUGUGCCUGCCAGGUGGCACACCCGUCCACACACACUGUGCCACGCAGAGGAUCCGAGACUCGCCCACAAAACGCCGGCUGGACCAUGCCAGCAACCACACGUGAACCUAAACACACCUGCCCCUCCCAGACACAAAAAAACAAAAACCCUCCUGAUUGGCCCUCAGGAGACAGCGGGCGGGCACUGAGACUGCUGCUUAAGUUAUGAUUUGUAAGAGCACAGGAAAAGGGUACAGGCUAAUGUGAGCGUGGUGGAGGUUUAUUCUGGUUGAAGCCAGUGUUGAACCUGCAGUAAAACAAGAUCGUUUGCUGCUGCCUGGACCACUGCUACACAAACCUGUGUGUGUGUGUGUCUGUGUGUGUGUGUGUGUGAGAGAGAGAGAGAGAGAGAGAGAGAGAGAGAGAUGAGACUGUGGGUGUGCAUGAAUUUAUUUAUUCCUGUGACUCUCAAGUAUUCAGAGCAGGAGAAAACAUCCGGGACUGUGACAACAGAUUUUUUUUUUUUUAAGUGAGCGACAAAACAAAACAUAACCAUCACCAUCGUCAUAAUCAUCAUCAUCAUCAUUAUAUUUGUCGUCUGCGUCGUCUUUAUCCAACCCAUCCGUAAAUGAACCAGCGGUGUCGAUGGGAAGUCUUGGAAUCUGGGAGAGAGACGAUCUAGCUGGUUUGUCUCUGGGUUCUCUUCUUUUAAACGUCAAUUGUAUGAACAGUGGAACAGCGUGUGUUAAAAAAAAACAAAACGUAUGGAUAUUCUCCCAACCCUGUCAACUCCAACCCGCACAUCGAAAGGCUGACAAACGUGACUUUCUGAGAGCUUCUAUAACAUUUAUAACCGCUUGUUUUGUGUGACAACUGUUGGAGAGCCGAGACAGCGUCUUCGUCUGAUAAAGGGAGGACGCAUUACGGCAAAAUUCAGCUCACGUGGACGCUAAAUGGCUAACCGUGUCAUGCUACGGUUCAGUAUUAGGUUUUGUGAGUUAGCGUGUCUCCCCUCCUCACUCAUACGCAGGGUGUCAAUACCGAUAUUAAAAACCCGUUUUUGACACCUUUAUGUCAGUCUUAGGCAGAGAGGUGACGGGACUAAUCGCAGAUGUAUGUCCAAUGUUAGUUUAUCCUAAGAAAAAAACAUUUGUGCAUUACAUGGAAGACUUUGGUUGUGAUGCUAAUGUUUACGUCAGUGUAACACCAAAGGAGAUCUAAUG